AUGAGUAGAAGAGUUAACACAAACCAUAACAUGCAAAACAAAGAAUUUGAUGCACAAGCUUGCUUCCAUCCCAUGUGCUCUUGGCUGUGUUCUGUGACUGUGUGCAAGCGUCCACUACACAGUAAGCUCUUGCACGUGCUGGCUGCUGUUCCUGUACGACACCACUGUAUUCCUUUGUACCAAGUGAAGAUUCCCAUCCUUAAAUCAUCGGUCCCACUCUCUGCUUCUUUUCACGUGAGAAUUUUGAUGCGUUUGCCAAGGUUCAAAAUUUCGGUUACUGAUAGAUUAAGCACUUACUUAGGAUCCGUGGUGAGUUGUGAGAGUGGGAAAAAUAUUCUUGUGUAG